GUAACCCUUCGUGCAAAGGUCUGACCUGGGAGAAAUCCCAAGUCAUAUGUGACAUCAAGAUCAAGCUUAAGGGCGAGCAAGAGCAAGAGACAGGCGGUCGUGGGAUGCUGACGUGAGGGCUCAGCAGAGCCGUAUUAUCAGGGGACGUCAAAAUGGCGGAAGUCAAGAAUGCACUAAAAGAGGCCAAAAAGGCCAUGAAAGAUAAUGACUUUGAGGCCGUCAGCAAAUACUGUAAGAUUGCUUUGAAGCAUGAUCGUAAAAACUACAAUGCCUUGCUGUUCUUUGGCCGUGCAUGUCAGGAACUAGGCAAGUUUGAAGACUCCAAGAAGGCUCUUAUGAUGGCAACCCAAAUAGAGCCAGACAGCCCUGUGGCCUGGCAGGGAUUGGCUGUGCUCUGUGAGAAGCAGCCAGACCUCUCCACCCUGGAUGAGUCCAUCAUCAUCUACACCAGACUGAUCAACAUUGUGAAGGAUGACGAUGAGAAGGUGGACAACACCUUUCGGAAAUUGGCCAAGAUGCAGUUGGACAAGGAUGACCACUUAGCUGCAGCUGCUACCCUCAGGAUCCUGGUGGACCGACUCACAGGAGAGAAAAAGAUAUCAGAGGCUUGGCGAAGUCUUGCACAAACUCUUUCUGCAGUCAGCAACUUGCCUGAGGAAUACACUCCCAAGUUACAAGAGGCCUUAGAGCACAACCUGAAUGACUCUGUCCUGGGUGAUAAUGAGACCAACUACCAGAACUACCUGAGGCUCCUCUACCGUACUGGCCAACGCACCAAGCUGGUGACCGCUGCCCAGGACAUGGCCAAGAUCUUCCCCACCUACUUGCCCCUAGAGUGGAUCUGUCGCAUGUAUGUGGAGUGGAUAGCAUAUCCUAAGGAAGGAGAGGAGUUUGUGCUAAACCAGGAGGAAACCAAUAAGUAUAUAACAAAGCUCCUGAGCAUCAACAACGUUUCUCCCUGGGGCAACCUGGCGCAGGGGAUGGUGUAUAAACAAGAAGGGAGGCUAGUGGAGGCAAAGGCCCAUCUAAGGCUGGGUGCCGACAAAGUAAAAAACAACCUCUUGGGGUGGGAGCUUCUACGCUCCAUCCAGGAAGAGAGCAGUGACUGGCCGGGGCUUGAGACAUCCUGCAGGAAAUCGCUGGCCAUCCUGUCCAGUGACAAGAGCUGCACAAUACCUGGUGGAGAAAAUCCCCAGACUUAUGAGACCAAGCUAAAACUGAUGCAGGCCCGGGCUCUGGUGUACAUGGGCCACAAGAACCACCUCAAGCAGGCCGUGAACAUGCUGCAAGAAUAUUACAAAACUGAUUUGGACUGUGGACUGCUGUUGGUCAGGUCAAAGAUAAAGCUUCUUGAGUUUCCCUUGGCUAGUGAAUGUCUGAAAGAAUUGGAGGACAUCUUUGGGCCAAGACACCAACUGAAGUUCCUCUCAGCCUCCUUGUUGCGGGCCCAAGGAGAGAAGCAGCAAGCCAGACAGCUUUUGAUGGAGUUAGUCAAGGAAGAGCCAGAGUAUGCUGAGGGUCACCUGGAGUUGGGACGAAGUUACUUUGAGGCUGGGGAGAUGAAACAAGCUCAGAUAAGCUGCAUGAGGGCAGGGAAGCUGGACCCUAAACUGGCCCAUGCAUUUAUGUAUCUGGGCCACUUCUUCCGACAUGAAGACAACAUGGAGAAGGCUCUCAAAUGCUAUGAGAAAGCCUUAUCUCUCAGCCCCAGUGACGAUGAUGUUGGUGCAGCUCUCUCAGACCUGUACAGGGUCUUGGGAAAAUAUGAGGCAAACAUCCAGCUCUUGCACCGUGUGACUAGGGAAGGCGGGCGAGCCUCCUGUGGGUGGGCGUGGCUGAGGCUGGGGCUACACCACCUGGCUUUCCAUAACCAUGACCCAGCCAUUCAGGCCUUCCAGUGUGCCCUCACCAUCAAUCCAGAGGAUGGUCCAGGGUACGAGUGCCUUGGAGACACCUACCUGGCCAGGGGAGCCCACACUGCUGCCCUCAAGGUCUUUACUUAUGCCUCGCAUCUUAAUCCUGCUGCACUCUAUCCUCGCUAUCAGAUUGCACACCUCAAACAGAUACUGGGAGAGAAUAUGCAGGCAAUAGAGGACUUUGAGGCCGUGCUGAAGUGGGAGCCCAUGAGACCUGUGAAGGUGAUUUCUCUGGUGGGACUGGCAGAGACUCUCCUGUCAAGUGCUAGGAAGCACCAGGAACAGUUCUUCCUGUCAAAUGUGAAGGAUGCCUGCACCCAAGUCAUUACCUGCCUCAUAAGGGCUGCCAGCAUGAAGCCAGAGUUUUCCUGCAUCUGGAAGCUCAUGGGAGAUGCAUGCAUGAUGCUGUACCCCUUGCCACCUUCCCUUGCCCCCUUCAGCCUGCCAGGCAAGCUGGUUCAUAGGGAAGUAGAGGACCUUGAAGAGGUUGUGGAGGUGACCAAGUUGCAAGCCCUUCAGAUUGGGACCAGGUGCUACGGUCUAGCUCUGCAAACGAGUCCAGAGGAUCCAAUGCUGUGGCAUGACCUGGGUCUGAGCACAUAUUUGCAGGCGAAAGUCCAGGAAAAAAACAAUGAAGAAGCUGUGGCAAGGGACCUGCUGAUUCGUUCUGUCCAAGCCAUUAAGAAGGGCCUUACCCUGGACCCCUCCAGUGCCCAAAUGUGGACCUCUCUUGGCAUUGUGGCCUCGCACAAAUGGGUUGGCAACAAUGCACUGGCUCAGCACUCCCUCAUUAAGGCAUGCAUGUGCCAGCCAUCUACUGUUUCCUGGACCAACCUUGGAGCCUUCUACUUGAAACAUGGCAAGACUCAGCUGGCUCAUGAGGCCUUCUCUCAGGCACAGUCCUUGGACCCCUCGUAUGUCACUUGCUGGGUCGGCCAGGCACUGGUGGCUGAAAGUAUUGGUCAUUCUGAAAUGUUUGACUUGUUCCGUCACACCACUCUACUGGGGAUCCAACUGGAAAGCUGCAUAGGAUACGCUCACCAUGUGACCGACUUAGCCUGUGACCGUGUAAAGCAAGACCAGCGGAGGGUUCAGGAUACCCUGAAGCAGGCAUUACCCACAGCCACAGACUGCACCGUAUUCUACACCCGGGCAGUGGAAGAGGAUGCUGUUGGCCUCAACAUGACAGGCCUGACUUUGGAGAUGAUGGGACUUUACCAAUCAGCAACCCAAGCUUAUGAAAUGGCAAUCAGUAUUUUGAAGCAAGGCCAGGAUGAAUCUGAGAACUUGCUGGAUGGUGUUCUUGCCAAUCUUGGCCGCGCCCUCACCGCUCAGGGGCGUGCUGAGGAGGCCAUGGUGCACUUCUCAGCAAUCAAACAACCAGACUACUUCACCCAGUGUGGUUUAGCUCUGGCCAGUUUAAAAGCUGGAAAGUUUGAGGAAGCCUACAACGGGUACACAGCUGCCCUCCACUGGCUGGCUCCUGAUGACUCCCAGAAAUCUCACAUUCUUGUUGCUUUGGCAUCACUACAGUAUAAAUUCCAGAACUCUGAGGAAGCCAAGAAACUACUUUUCCAAGGGUCUCAGUUGCAGGGGGCAUCACUGCGUGGCCUGUUGGUGCUGGCUGCUUUAGGCCUGGUGCUGGGCGAUGCGGUGUUGACCAAUGCUGCGUUGGCUGAGCUCAUCCCACAUCAGCACCACAAGGACCACCUUCAUCACAUAGCAUUCCUCAGAGCUGCUGAGGCCACAGCCAAAGGCAACAUAAAAGAGGCUCGGUGUAUCUUGAGCAGAACCAUUCACCAGCACCCGUCCAGCGCCCCUCUGUGGCGGGCACUGGCCCAGCACCUCCUCACACACCUGCCCAGCUCCAGAGAGGCUCAGGGUGUCAACAUCUUUGCUACCACCACUGCUGCUUCUGCUUGUGCCUCAGCUGCUGCUAAGCUUACUCAGGCAUCUGGGCUGCACAAAACCAUUGCUCAGGAUACAGUAACAAGCGUGCUGGCCACCAUUGAGUUAGAGAGGGCAAAGAAGAGCAAGAGUAAGGUUGGUCUACGGCAGGCCCAGCGUGCUAUCCUCAUGUGCCCGGGUUCCCCAGAGGCAUGGGCCAUGUUUCUUGCUGCCCAAGUUGCAUCAGGACAGGCACAGAGCCAGAAGAUUUGUCAGGUAGCUCAUAUCUGGUCCCAGAAGGCAUCUCCAGGUGUGUCUUCUUGGCUCAAGACUUUAGCAACAAAUAUGGAAAAGGUUGCAUAAAUGGCUGUGAUAUUGUUUUAUAAGUGUAGCAUUGCUCUAACUGUACUUGAGCUCUUUUUCUACAUAUAUUAACAUGUUAUUGUGGAUCUAGGACAAUAUUAAAUAAUGUAUUAACCCCUUCUUUACCAAGCACCGCCGCGUGUGUAAACAUUGCGUUACCCCGACAUACCGACCUGACAGCUAUACUUCCCGCAGUGUGGGGGGUUGUGUAUAUUUUAUGGUAGCGACCAAACUGUUCGCUCCUUGCAGUCUUUUUAUAUACUGUGGGUUUCUCUCUAAAAAAACAUGCUGCACGAGUGUUUGUCCACGCACACAGCGAGUUCACUACAUCCUCUGUAAUAAACAACUGAAAACAGUCAAGUGCAGUCAUUGGAUGUGAUUCAUGAUGUGCAACAAUACCUGGAUGCACAUCAACAAAAUCCUCUUCCACACUAGGCAGAACGCUAGGGCGAGCAUCAGCAAAUGGAUCUGACAGCAGCUCGAAACAUGUGGAAACCUGUGAUGGAGAUGGCAAGUGAGAACCACUUGCUGAAAGCAUGGCUUUACUAUCCACCCCCUCUGCCUCUCCAUCAUCACUCAUAUCAGCGCUGUCAAUGUCACUAUCUUUCCCUGGGUCGUAAUCAGUGUCACUGUCGUUCACUGAUAUAUCAGACAAUGUCUCGUCAUCGUCUGACAUUUCUAAAUCAGCGUCAUGAGGAAUGAAAUAGUCCGCAUGGUAAGACUGCAGGCGAUGCCAUGAUGGAAAGUAAAAUAUCCUGGGCACUUCCUCUCAUAGACAGCCAAAGGCAACUGCCGUGUAAUUAUUGCCUUAUGUCAUCGGAGAUUGUCAUGCUAUAUAUUUGAAAUAAUAAUAAAGAAUAAUGAUUGGUGUACAAGAGGUUACAUCAUAGAUAGGGAGCAAGCCAUUUGCGGUAGUGUUAUGAUGUAUUACGACGUCACACAUCAUUCACUGUUUUGUUGGCAAAACACGAGAGGAGUUGCCAUCACGAAAACCACAGAAACAGAGUUACCAGCCUCCCCUGAGGCCCAGAUUCUGCCAUUCGUUACAUGGUGUAUGAGCGUACAUCACCAGCAGUUCCGGUGUGGCAUGGCUGUUUUCGUGUGAUGCACACUUGUACAUCAAAACACAUAUUCAGUAAAGAAGGGGUUAAUAGAUUCAUACUACAUCUUAAAUUACAAAAGUUUGAGGCUGGUGACUUUCCAGAACACUAGUCAGAAUUGUCUUAUUUGAGGCCUUUUUGAUACCCUGCUUAGCCACAGCAGAUUACAGGGUUAAGAUCAGGAUGAUGCAAGCUGUAUUGAAAGCUCAAAAGUAAAGCCUUCUUAUACUUGGCUAUUUCUGAUGUAGUUUGCUCAUUACCAUAAAACAAGCAUCCUUUUAUGCAUCAGGAGCUAACUUCUAGAAGACAAAUAACUGCAAAAUGUUACUGUAGAUACCCAACUUGCCAGGUAACAUUCCUCUGCCUGUGUCUCACAUCAAUGUAUCUAUUUUAUCAAGGGUAAGCCUUGAGGUUCCAAUAGAAUCUGCUGGAAUCUUUCUUACUAUAAAGAAUUGAAUGAAAAAAAUAUGCUUGGCUAUUUGGAAAACAAGAGUAAUAAUAAUAAUGUUACUUUUCUCCAAAGAGCCAGUUCUGAAGAAUUUAUUAGCAUUUGGAAAAGAAAAUUCAAGUACUACAGUACUACUGUGUAUUAAACAUUAAUGAAGACAAUAAGACCGACAUUAGCAAAACUCUGUGAUUAUCCAUCACAGCACCCUUCUCAAAAUUGUAGUUUCUCAAAAAGAAAAGUUUUUAAAUUGCCUUUUGAAACCUUAAAUAGAAUUUAACUGUUAAUUGACAGUGAUUGUGUUACACAGCCUUGGAGCCAUACAAGAAAUGAACUUUUCAAAAAAGAUGAUUGAUGGAAUGUUCCUGGCCCAUUAAGAUGCAGAGGAUUCCUAGAAUUGUGGAAGAUGCUUCACAAUAUACACUUCCCUAUCUUAUCCUUAUGGUCCACUGAUUCACUGACCAAUGCCUCUUAUCUUCUAGACCCUUACCAUGAAAAUUAUCCAUUAAUCAUCCCCACCCCAGCAUUGAGUUAAUAAAAAGGUUUUGUUUACAUAAAGCCUUUCUGUUAUUCAGUUGAGGAAUAUCUGACUUUCCAGAGGGUGUUUCUGCGACUACAUACUAUUACGACAAUUCUUUUAGUGAUUAAGUUUUGUGGAAGGGGAAGACAAGAUCUGUUUAGUGAAAGAAGACUGGUGAGAGGUGAGACUUGCACGGUGUGUUGUGCAAAAUCAAAAUGUAUUAUUUUAUGUACACUUUUUGACAUCAAAUGAAAAUUAAACUUUUAUUUACA